AUGGCCAAGCUCUUGCUAAAAUUCCAGCGGUAUUUUCGGCGGAAACCCAUCCGGUUCUUCACAUUGAUCGCUGUCUACCUGACUGCUGGGAGUUUGGUGUUCCUCCAUGCCAGCUUCACUGGAGAGGCAAGAGUCUCAGAGAAUGGACCCAGUGCCAAUGAUGGCGCUGGUGAUAGGACAGAAGCCCAUACUUUGGGUACGCUACAACUUGGCAGGGAAUUCAAAGAAACAGUGGGAUCUUUGACGACGGCCCGGAGAUAUGGAUCUUGGUUUAAGAGCCCUUCCAAGGACUCAGCAGGGAGGAGCAAAAUAGGGGACUAUGGUGGGACGUGGAGCAGAGCUCUCAAGGGGAGGACUGUGCGAGAGAAAGAAGAAGACAGAGGUAAUAUUUCUUUUUGGGGGGCAAAAUACAUCGGCUGCUACAUAGACAACACCCACCGGAGAGCCCUCCGUGGAGUGUCCUUCUUCGACUACAAAAAAAUGACAUUGUUCCGUUGCCAGGACAACUGCGCUGAACGGGGUUACCUUUUUGCAGGUCUAGAAUUUGGGGCAGAAUGCUACUGUGGGCACAAAAUCCAAGCCACGAAUGUCAGCGAUUCAGAAUGCAAUAUGGAAUGUAAAGGAGAAAAGAGCAACAUUUGUGGUGGGGUGAACCGACUCUCCAUCUAUCGCCUGGAGCUGGCCCAAGAGUCUGCAAGGAGGUACGGCAGCGCCAUCUUCCGUGGAUGCUUCUGCCAGCCGGACAACGUUUCGGUGGCUUUGCCAGCAAGCAGGGUCAUGAAAAACAUGUCGGUGGACCGAUGCGUGGAAUUCUGCACGGGAAAGGAAUUCCCUCUUGCAGCACUAGCUGGUACCUCCUGCCACUGUGGCUUCCCUACCACACUCUUUACUUUGCAUGAGCGUGAAGAUGAGCAGCUAUGUGCCCAGAAAUGCAGUGGCGAGGAAUUCGAGAGCUGUGGCACCUCCAAGUAUUUCGUCAUUUACCAGACUCAAGUUCAAGACAACCGCUGCAUGGACCGGAAAUUUUUAUCCGCUCGGGCCAAGCAGUUCGUUGCCCUUGCAAGCUUUCCCGGGGCAGGCAAUACUUGGGCCCGACACCUCAUUGAACUCGCAACAGGCUUCUACACCGGCAGCUACUACUUCGAUGGGUCCCUUUAUAAUAAAGGGUUCAAAGGUGAACGCGACCACUGGCGGAGCGGAAGGACGAUCUGCAUCAAAACUCACGAGAGUGGGCAGAAGGAAAUCGAGGCAUUCGAUUCGGCCAUCUUGCUGAUCCGCAACCCCUACAAAGCGCUCAUGGCUGAAUUCAACCGGAAAUACGGGGGUCACAUUGGGUUUGCUUCUCAUGCUCACUGGAAAGGGAAAGAAUGGCCGGAAUUUGUCAAGAACUAUGCCCCCUGGUGGGCGACACACACUCUAGACUGGCUGAAGUAUGGCAAAAGUGUCCUGGUGGUACAUUUCGAGGACCUGAAGCAAGACCUCUUUGUCCAGCUCAAGAGGAUGGUCAGCCUCCUGGGCACUGCGGUCCUUGAGGACCGUCUCUUGUGCGUCGAGGGCCAGAAGGAUGGGAACUUUAAGCGAUCUGGGCUGAGGAAGUUGGAGUACGACCCCUACACUCCCGAGAUGAGGAAACUAAUCGAUGGCUACAUCAAAACAGUGGACACGGCUCUGAAACUCAGAAACCUCACAGGGGUACCAGAGGCCUAUUAUCCAAGAUGAUGGCCAUACAUGACGGAGACAACUUUGGGCUGGGAGUGCCCAGGAAGGUGCAGCUUGGUUUCACCUGGCUAGUCACUAUUUCCACCCAGUGGGUGGCACUUCUGCUGCUAAUGAAUCCCCUUGCAUGAGCAAACAGCA